GUGAGCAUUGGUGCUGAACGUCAUAUCCGUAAACAACUUUGUUUGUGGUAGUUUGGGAUACUAAUAAAUGUUGUCCUUUAUGCAAAGAUUUAUAAAAAAUUGCGCGGCCAAUUGUUAGUUUAUAUGUGAAGGAAGAACUGGUUUUAUACCAACGUUAUGACAUCGUCUGCUUCAUGCUAAUCAAUACUGCCGAUUGAUGGACUGUAAUUGUAACGAUGUUUGUUGCAGUAGUUUUUAUUACUGCGGCACAUUCGCAUUGUUCAGCCGUAGGUCAACUGCGUUUGUAUUGGUGCAGUAUUAUUACACAUAUGUAUGCUGCCGGUUGUAGUUAUUUUUCACAGGGAGAGGCUAGAGUGAACUGCUUUUCGUGGAGACUAUUCGAAGCGGCUUGAAUCCCAACCGAUCAACUGUACGAAAAAGUUAAUCUCAUAAUGAGUAACUGGACCGUUAAAAAAGUCUGCCCUUUGCCAUCAGAGCUGUCAGGAAUUAAGAAAAAUAUUCCGUGCCCUGAAGAAGGCUGCAGUGGCACAUUUCUUAAUACGUCGAAUUUGGAUAUGCAUCUUAGUAAACACCAUAAAAAAGCGAAUAUUGAUUUACUGAAGAAAGGCGAUUCACAAACAAUAUUUCAGUAUCAUUGCCCAGUCGAGAAGUGUCUAUAUAAUAUGAAAUCCGAUCGAUUUUUCAAGAACAUGAAAUAUCUGAAGCAGCACUACUUAAAAGUACACGCAGAGAAGAUGUACCUUUGUGAAAAAUGUCACAAGGGCUUUUCGACAGAGACUGCUCAGAGAAAGCAUAUGAGAACAUGUGGGAUGAAAUUCACAUGUUCAUGCAAUUUCUCUUAUGAAUCAUAUGAGGCACUGCUGACACAUGCCAAACGCCAUCGACAUACAUUCGAUGAAAAAUUCAGGUUUUAUGGGAAGAGCAAUGUUGUUCCCAAUGAAGCAGAAGUGUCUAGUAAAGAUAUGCCAAGGCCUUUUGCUGUCCCUAUUCAUCCUCUUGCAGCAGCUACAUUGAGUGAACUCUCACCACACUCAGUUGCUACCACAGUCAGUAGGGCUGUACAGACAGACAGAGUUGCAGAAGCUAAAAGAACAAGAAAAAGUGGUGUCCACCCAAAGGCAUCAAAACGUAAAACCUGUGCUCAGACACAGACAGGUUCUAUACCUCGCAACAGGCACCCAACCACAAGUGCAGAGACUCAAACAAUAGGAGAUUAUAUUCUGAAAAAAGCAAUGAAAGCUGCUGACAUUCCAGUUAGUCACAGAGGUGUUAGUGUUCCCGAAUUAAAGACAGAGACUACUGCAAAGAAAAGAAGAAAGAGUAUGGAAACUCAGACUACACAGCCAGUGGCUAAUUCAGUAUUUAGUAAAUGUAAUGAUGUUAACAUCAGUAUUUCCACUAAUGGGUUCAACAAUAAUCAGAUAUAUAACCCUACAGAAGAUUCUCUACCUGGAUCAGAUAAUUUUACAGCACUGAAUAAUAGUCCCACACCUAAUUUCUCUCUUUUUGAUGGAUCAGACUCAUUUAGCUUGGAUAUUGAUAGUCUUUCCAGCCUCUGGCAGAAAAGCUCUUCAGGCACUCAAACAAGUCCAGUUAGUACAGGCAAUAUUAUACUGAAAGAGGAGAUGUUAAAUCACAGUGUCACUCAGACUGACUGGAAUAACGUACUUCUGGAGUCUAAACCUUUCACACACUCAUCCAGUAAUAUGAAUUCAAGUUCACAAACUGUGAGUGACUUAAGCACCUACUUUGAAAAUCCAGUAGAAACUGGCUUUAUAGAAAAUGCAAAUGAAGCUAAUCAUUUCAGUAGCCCCUCUUGCAGCACAGAAUUGAAUGGUGUGCCAGAAUUUCAUGGAGAUUCAAACUAUUCUGAUAGUAACUUGGACAGUAUCUUGACACAGACAGCAGGUCUGUUUGAUGAGAAUUGGUCUUGCAGCACAGAAACACAGACCGAACUUGAUUUUAAUAGCUGCUUUUUUAAUGAUGAUGAUACAUCUUUCACGCAUUACUUUAAUACAGAAACUCAAACCUCUGAAGAUGUUGAUAAUCUGGGACAGCUUCUUUAUUCCAAUACAUGUACUCAAACAAAUGAUAUUAACAAACUGUCAGAGUUUGCAGACAUUCAAACUCAGACUGCAGGCCCACAUUUUAGCAAAGAUUCUGUAUUAAUUUCAGCAGAAACUCAAACAGCAGUUUCAGAGACUUCUAAUUCACAGAUUUGCCAUUCAUCUAAGCAACUAGUGAGCAACAAACCUGCUGCAGCUACAGUAUUUAAUGAGAAUGAUGCACAAACAAACGGAAAUGAGUUUAAAGACUUUAUUAUUGAUCUAGUUAAGCGAGAUAUGAAUGAUAAACUUUUAUGAGAGUUGCUAAAAAGCUUUUAGUGAUGCUGACUGUCAUGGAUCACUAAAAGCAUUUUGAUGUUCAACUUGUACUGUCUAGUCAAAGCUUAACCCUGCUUAUUUAAUAUGUGAUAAAAAGCUUUAAAAGUGACACACAGAGAAAAGACAACUAUUUAUGCAUUUAUGUAGAAAACUUGAACAUAUUAGGAAAUACAGUGAUAUUUCCUU